AUGGCGCCCAAGGGCAAAGAUUCCGGCAAAGCCUCCUCCGGCAGUGCCAAAGGCAAAGGCAAAGGCAAAGAUGACGAUGGCUCAUCGGCCAGUGGAAGUGGGAAGCUGAAAGCGGCUCAAUCCAUCAACGUGAGGCACAUUUUGUGCGAAAAGCAUUCCAAGAAAGAGGAAGCCCUGGCAAAGCUGCGCGAAGGUGCCAAAUUCGACGAGGUAGCAAGGGAAUUCUCAGAGGAUAAGGCCAGACAAGGGGGAUCGCUGGGCUGGAAAACCAGAGGCAGCCUGCAUGGAGACUUUGAAAAAGUGGCCUACGAAUUAGAACCCUCCACAACAGCAAAUCCCAAAUGUGAGUCUGAUUCCUUAUCUCAUUGA